AUGUUGAACUACAGGCUCGGGCCAUUUGCCGCACUCUUGCUGUUUGGACUGGGUACAUCGGCAUACGGUUCCAGGAACAGCUCCGCCCGCACCUUAGAUCCAUACGGCUAUGAGUUGUCGCCACUGGUCGUUACAAGGCCCGGUCAAGACAAGUGCCCUCCGUGUUUCAAUUGUCAGCUGGAUGCAUUCACGUGCGGAAACUCCGGAGAAUGCUCAGCAUACGAUGGCCAGUGCAAAUGUUCGCCGGGAUGGUCAGGUAUUGACUGUCUGACACCACAGUGCGACUCUUUGGCGGACGGAGAGAGGCGGAGGCCGCGCGAGGACGGGCAGAAGUGUGAUUGCGAGGAGGGAUGGGGUGGAGUCAAUUGCAAUGUUUGCAUGACGGACAAUGCUUGUAUCGGAUUUCCACUCGCGGGAAGACCUCUCAGCGAUGGCGACGAGGUGAAUAAUAUGACGUGCUAUACUGGCGGUUUGACGAUCUUCGAGAAUCACCACAUGUGCAAAGUGACAAACCGCAAGAUUUUGGACAUGCUGCCCGACCGCCCUCCAGAAGUUACAUUCAGCUGUAACCGGGAGGCAAAGACAUGCCAGUUCCAGUUUUGGACGGCCCAGGAGGAGUCGUUCUAUUGUGGUCUGAACAACUGCAAGUCCACCAUGGAUGCCAUGAAUGCAACGCGAUACGAAUGCGAGAAUAUUGAUUGUAGCUGCGUUCCGGGACGAUUCAUAUGCGGCGAGAAUGGGAGCAUCGAUCUUACCGACUUCCUCAAGGAUAAUAUCGUUGGGCCUGCUUCAUUUAGCUGCAAAACACCCAAGGAUUGCAAAUUCGAAGAGCCUGGUAUGAACGAAGUGAUUGAGACUAUCUUCGGAGAUGGCUAUAUCACACUGGAUUGCUUUGGUGGCGAGUGCUUGCAUUACUCGCAGGUACCUGGCUAUGUGGCUCCGCCUAAACCUGACAACAGCAAAUUCAUCGCACUCAGCAUCGCGGGGGCCGGUUUGGUCGUAAUUACAGCUUCUGCUGUGCUCUGGUAUGCAGGUCGGACAGGCUCUGGUGAUUUCGGACAAAUUCGCCUUCCAGAGAGCGAGACCGCGAGGCUGAUGACAGAACAUGUCCCUGCAUCGUUACAUUUCUCCGACAUAUCUUAUAUGCUUGGUACCAGAACAAUUUUGGAGAACAUUUCGGGAUCGGUCAAGCCUGGGCAAAUCAUGGCAAUCAUGGGCGCCUCGGGUGCUGGCAAGUCAACCUUCCUCGAUAUUCUAGCGCGCAAACGCAAACGUGGACUUGUGAGCGGUCAUAUCCUAGUAAACGGACGGGAGGUUGCGGACGCAGACUUCAAAAAAGUAAUGGGCUUCGUGGACCAAGAAGAUACUCUUAUGAGCACGCUGACGGUAUACGAAACUGUCCUGUAUUCUGCUCUGUUGCGAUUACCACGAGAAAUGAGUUUAGAGGCUAAGAAGUAUAGGACUUUAGAGACUAUGCACGAGCUAGGCAUCCUUGGCAUCAAAGAUUCCAGAAUCGGUGAUUCCGGGCGACGCUCUAUUUCCGGCGGCGAGAAACGUCGCGUUUCGAUCGCUUGUGAGCUUGUCACCAGUCCGUCUAUUCUCUUCCUGGACGAACCCACAAGUGGUUUGGACGCAUACAAUGCACUCAGUGUCAUUGAGAGUCUGGUCUCACUUGCAAGAAACUAUAAUCGCACUGUUGUCUUCACGAUUCACCAGCCGCGCAGCAACAUCGUUUCAUUGUUUGACCAACUAAUUGUCCUUGCGCAAGGCAAACUCGUCUAUUCUGGAGAAGCGGAUAAAUGCCAUGAUUAUUUGGCUAGCAUUGAACAACCAUGCCCUCCAGGAUUCAACAUUGCUGACUACUUAAUUGACUUGACUAUGCAAGCGGGGUCACAGUCUAGCUCCAGUGGUAGUCCGCCAGUAGGGACAGAUAGUUCGGACGAUCAUACUAACCUUCGUGAUGAAGAACGCGCCUUCAAUCCAAGUGCCGCCACAUUGUCCGUUUCCGCCCGAUCCCAGGAACAAUCUUCUACGUCUGGGGACGAGACAGAGCUACAGCUUCGAUCCGCUUCCAUCGCUGGCUCCGCAUCGGGUUACGUCAAGCGCAAGACCUCGCAGCUUUUGCAAGCUAUCAAGCCUUCCUCGUAUUCUGGUAGUAUGCCGCUACCCCCUCGUCUGCGGGUAUUGGUGGACGAGUUCGCGAAGAGUGAAAUUUCCACCGCCUUCCGUGUGGAAACUGCUCAAGUGGAGCGUGCCGCUGCUGCUCCACCAACAUCUACGACUAUUGAUGAGCUUCCCGACAUCGCAGUCGAGAGCUCCCUCGCUAAGGGUCGCAAGCGUGCAAGCUGGGGCACACAAUUCCGUAUCUUGAGUGGCCGAGCGUUCAAAAACCUAUAUCGUGAUCCAGCGUUACUGGCUGCCCAUUACGUGUCUGCGGUCGUGGUAGCACUGUUCUGUGGAUACUUCUACUACAAUGUUUCAGACGACAUCUCAGGAUUCCAGAAUAGACUAGGGGUAUUCUUCUUCACUCUGGCUCUCUUUGGCUUCUCCAGCUUGUCGAGUCUGAGCUUGUUCGCGAACGAAAGGAUAUUAUUCAUGCGAGAGCGCGCGAACGGAUACUAUUCGUCAUUUACAUACUUCUCAUCGAAGAUUCUAUUUGAUAUCUUGCCGCUGCGCGUAGUCCCUCCUCUCGUUUACGGUGGAAUCCUAUACGGACUCGUUGGCCUCGUGCCUGCUGUUGCAAGCUUCUGGAAGUUCAUGCUCACUCUCGUUAUGUUUAAUCUUACUACAGCAAGCGUGGUGCUCUGCCUAUCGAUCGCGUUCGCGAGCACUGGAGUUGCCAGCCUCGCUGGAACAUUGAUCAUGCUGUUCAACCUCUUGUUUGCUGGACUUCUCAUCAACAGACAAACUCUCGGACCCCAGUGGGAGUGGCUGAACACCGUCUCCUUCUUUCACGCUGCGUUUGAAGCUUUGGCGGUCAACGAACUACGCUACCUGCAAUUGAGGGAGAACAAGUAUGGUGUGGACAUUGAUGUUCCCGCAGCUGCUAUUCUUUCUACCUUCGGUCUCAAGGCCCAGUCAUUCUGGUGGCCAAAUAUAUCACUUCUGGGAAUCUUCUUCGGCGUAUUCACUGUGGCGAGUUAUCUUAUCCUCCACUUCUACGUCAGGGAGAAACGGUAG